AUGACCGACGACGCCGCCGACGCGUCCGAGGAGGUGGCGCUGCCCGAGCCGGAGGAGGUCGCGUCCGCGCCGGAGACGCCCCACAUCGUCUACGUGCUCUUCGACGACAUGGGCUGGAACGACAUCGGCUACCAGUCGACGGACAUGGCGGCGCUGACGCCCGUGCUGAGCGAUCUCGCCGAGAACGGCGUCAAGCUCACGCAGUACUACACGCAGUCGACGUGCACCGUGAGCCGCGCGGCGCUGCUGAGCGGCGUGCUGCCCAUGCACAACGGCAUCAGCCACGGCACGAUCGUCAUGGACAGCCCCAUCGGGCUGCCCCUCAAGUACAAGCUGCUGCCCCAGUACCUGCAGGAGAGCGGCUACCGCACCUACAUGGUGGGCAAGUGGGACAUCGGCCACUUCAACGAGGAGUACCUGCCGCACAACCGCGGCUUCGACCACUUCUUCGGCUUCUACGGCGCGGACAUCACCUACUUCAGCCACAUCUCGUCGCGGGGCUACUGCGCGAACCCGAACUGCUUCCCGGACCUGCGGAACGAGGACGAGACCAUGGCCAACGCGUCCAUGCGCUACACGACGGACCUCUUCCGCGAGCGGGCCGUCGGCUUCGUCGAGGGCCACGCGGCGAACCACGCGACCGACCCCCUCUUCCUCUACCUCUCCUUCAACGCGCCCCACUACCCGACGUCGGCGCCCCAGGAGUUCAUGCGGAACGAGGCCGAGCUGCUCGCGCCGUUCACGAACCGCGAGCGCCGCGUCUUCGCGGCCGUCGUCAACUACGCGGACCGGUCCGUGGGCCGCGUCGUCGAGGCGCUCAAGGCGACGGGCGCCUACAACGACAGCGUCAUCCUCUUCGCGAGCGACAACGGCGCCGUGCCGACGACGUGCAACCAGAGCCACUGCACGAGCGAGUCGAACACGGGCUCGAACUGGCCGCUCCGGGGCAUGAAGGCGACGUACUGGGAGGGCGGCUGCCGCGUGCCCGCCUUUGUGCACGCGCCCAAGUACCUGGGCGACCGCGCGAGCGGCUCGCUCUACCAGGGCAUCGUCCACAUCACGGACUGGAUCCCGACGAUCGUCCGCGGCGUGCUGCGGUCGUCGUCGACGCUCCUCGGCGCCGAGGUGUCCGGCGCGGACCACUGGGACUCGAUCCGGAAGCUCGCGACGCCGCCGCGGACGGAGCUUUUGUACGGCGUGGACCACUGCGUCGCCGGCGGCCAGCUCACGGGCGCGAUCCGCGUCGACAACUGGAAGUUCAUCAUCGACUACAACUACUCGAACUACCCCGUGCCGACGACCCAGGAGCCGUUCCUGGAGCGCUACAACACGACGGACAUCACGGACCACCUCGUCAACGGGUCGCUCUUCGAUCUGGCCGCGGACCCGAACGAGCGCACGGAUCUGGCGAACGCGCACCCGGAGCUCGCGGCCACGAUGCGCAAGAAGCUCAUGGAGCACUACGCCGGGUCGACGGAGUGCUACAUGUGCCCGCCGGCGGGCAUGAAGGCCUUCGACGUCUGGAACGCGAAGGAGAGCUUCAUCGGCCCCUGGGAGGCGGACGCGGACUCGAUGUACUCCUGUCGAACCUAG